AUGUUGAGUUGUGAUCCGAAUGUUAAGGAUCAGCAGCAAGGAUUGGGUGUUAAUUCUGGAGAAAAAUCGCAGAGUUUGCAGCAGCCUUUCCGCUCUCAUCGAGGGUUGCAAAAGAAGAAUGGGAUACAUAGUAUUCCAUCGACUGACUGUGGGCACAAUGUGGAAUACAUUCUUUCUGCAGAGUUUGAUAACAAAUCUGGUGCGAUGAUAAAGCACCAAUACCCCAAGAAUUUGCCGAAGCUGAAGCACCAAACUUCUAAUUUGGCAAAUCUUGCAGCACUUAUGAUUCCGAAUGGUAUAGAGAACCGUCCUGGUGAAUCAGACUUUACGGUUUUUAUUUUAUACAGAGACCGAUACUCACAGACUUUUAGUCUUUUCCCACCUACAGAAGCUAGUAUAUCUAGAAAUUCUACAGGUAGUUAUGGUGCAGCCGGAUCGUCGCCUUCAAGAUUGGGAUCCGUUAUUCUAGAGGAGGAUGAACAUGCUGGCAUUAGUACGACGUCUCUAGCUAGUUCUAAGAAAGAUCUAUUAUUUUUCCUCAAUGUUGUACACUCAGAAAUCGAUUAUAGCAAUGAGCGUGGUGCAGUUAUUAAGUCUUUGGCGGUAGGAACCGUAUUACAAAACUUUUUUAUUUUUAAGCCAUUGCUUAUGAUGGCAUUGGAUGCAUAUAUGAAGUCUCCUUCAAUGCAGAUCUUGAAAGACUGUUUUGACCUGAUAAACAGCUUAGAUCUUAGCUUGAUGGUAAGAAUUCAUUCUAACAAGCUUCUUCAAAACGUUUUAAAUUCCAUAAACAACGAUGAAAUAAUACAUGAACUAUUGGAUCCUCAAGGGAAAGCUUUGAAGAAGUUGUUAAGGGUUAGUGAGUUACCGGAAACUGAUAAGAAUGGUAACUCAAUUGCCUUUAAACAGAGUACACUGAUAUACAGGUUUGACAACUUUAAGCCAAUUGCAGUUCCACAUUAUUUUACAAGAAUUCCUAUUCACAUUAACAUGAUCAAAUAUAAUGAUAUUGAAGUUGAUAUAAAUUAUAAGGAUCAUGUUGUGAAGUUUUUAAGUGCAUUUAUCCCUCACCUUUCCAAGUUACCUCGGGAUGCUCCACCCUGGCGGUUAAUGAUCAAUUCCAUGGAAUUAUCCACAGAUAGUUUAUGUCAAUUGGUGCUUGCGUUAUCCAACUUUAUUCACGCAUUUGAACACAAGUAUAUUCGUAAUGGAUCUGUCGUGGUUUUUCCAUAUAUGGAUAUAAGUAUGGUUGAUGAUUUGCGGUACGAAUUAUCGCAGCCACAUUCAAGCGAACUCUAUUUUAUCGUUGGCGUAUCCAAUCCAAUAUUCGAGUUACAAAAGAAUGUCUGGGAUGUAUACUAUAAUUUGGAUACCGGAAUUCUAAUUUCUCAGUCAUCACCAAAUACCGCCCCUUCACAUCGGACUUCGACGGGCUCUUUGCACCAUGCAUCAGUUAGGAGUAGUGACUUCUUGAUGAAGAUCUUUUCCAAAACUUCCAAUUCAGUGACUUCCGCAAAUGAAUCACUGAAAAUGGGUUUGCUCCAAAAGUUCAUGCAGUAUACCAUGCAGCAGCAACAUGACAAUCAAACAGUGCUCAACGUGUUUAAAAGAGUCACUAUCUUGCAGUUGAUUCAUCUUCUUCCGAAGCUGGGGAAUGAUGUUUCAAUAUCUACCGACAUGCUGUUGACUGACGAGUAUAUGCUGACUUACAAGGAUUUUGUAAUAUUUCCAGAGUUUUUUGAGUAUAGCUCAUUAAGGGUUAUUCGAUUAUUAAAUGAUAUGGAAAAGUCCCUACAUCAAGCUUUCUUCCCCCAUGACAAAUCGAAAGAUAGUAAAGAGCGUGUUUUAUUAAAAAUAUACUGCCUUUUGAAAGAGAUAUACAAGUUUAUUUGCUUGGAUAAGACCCAUUUGAGCACAUUUUUAAAUGUAUGUCUUAACUAUCCUACUACUCGCGCAUUUGAUCAGUUUGACCUUCGGAAGGCAGAUUUCUCAAAAAUAAAUCUCACAAAAGUUCUUCGUCACGAACUCAGGAAUUUGAAUGGCGCUGAUGGAGUAAAUUAUACUCAGGCUAACGUUAUUGACUAUCUAUCCGUUGAUAAAGGUUUGGGGCUAUUAUUUUACCCCUUACUAUUGUAUCCUGUGAUGGAUGUUACAACUGCUGGAUUAUAUCCUACAAGUAGUAAGCAUUCUUCCGGAAGUAGUAAUACCUUUCCGCGUAGCGUCGAAAAGGGGCUAAGUUUGGAUAAUUCAAAGACAUCGGCUAGUACAUUUUCCUUUCCAGAUGGUAAUCUAACAAUGGUAACAAAAUACUAUGAACAAUUUCUUGAAAACAAUCUCGUCUACAACACGAGAGACGACUUGUCAAUCACGAGUAAUCAGAUCUCUGAUUGUCCCUACAUGGUUGAUAGAAUAAGGAAACUCGCGCUCAAGUUGUUGAUGAGACUUGAAAGGCAUCACAUUGGACAACUUCUCAUUGAUAAGAAACUAAAUCCCAUCUUUCCCAUGAUAUACCGCACUCUGAAAAGGGAGGCACAACUAGCGGUUUCUCCAAUACCAAAUCACAGUAAUGAUUCAAGUCUUACAAAAGACGUAUCGAAAAGCUCACCAUUUCCUGCCGCUUCCUUCAACUUUGCUGAUAAUGCGCCUGUUUUAUCUCCCCAAAUAGAAUCUCAUAAUCUACCGUUAUCAGCAAAUAGACAAGAACUAUUGCAGGACUUGAAGCUGAUAUCCUCACGAAAUCCUCACGAUUCUAAAUCAACCGAUCUCAGCAGUAAAUCUUCGAAGAGUGAUCUUAUUGAUUCGCUAACACGCCUUGAGCUUUACGGUAUAGAUGAUUGGAAAUACCUCGAUUCUCCAGCUAACGUUCGAGUAACCACCAAGUCUUCGUCUUCAACUUUUCCUGAAGGCCCUUCGUUUUCAAGCAUAUAUUCCAUUCAUCGUGACAAUUACAAUGAAUCAAUUCAGUAA